GUUUGUCCGGGGAGAAAAGGCUACGCCUAGCAGUCAUCGAAAACAGUUCGUGGUGGCUCCACUUCAGAAUUGACCUUGUCUUGAAAUCUGUGGCUUCGGCUGUGCUUGUCGAAAAUUGAAUCGGACCGUUUGUCGUCUGAGCCAAUUGAGGUCAAUGAGGCUGUCGCCGAAAAUGCGACGACUGCAACGGAUGAUAUUUGUAAGUCAAUUUUUGAACGCACAAUUUCGCAGCAGAUCAGAAACUUGGUGCUAUGGAAGGCAAAGUAUUUGCUGUGACUGGUGCUGGAUCAGGUAUCGGGAGGGCCACAGCUGUGAGGCUAGCAAAACUUGGCGCCUUAGGCAUCGCAAUCAGCGACGUGGAUGAGGCCGCAUUAGAGGAUACGAAGGCACAAUGCAUCCAAUAUCCCACGAGAGUUACCUUGAAGAAGGUCGAUGUGGCCAACAUUGAGGCUGUAGACUCAUGGAUCAAUGAGGUCCUGAAGGACCAUGGCAGGCUCGAUGGUGCCGCAAAUGUUGCUGGAAUAGCUGGGGGUGAGGGGCAGGUGACAGAGGACAUAGUGCAAAGAGACUGGGAGAGGAUGAUCUCUGUCAACCUUACUGGGGUAAUGAAUUGCAUGCGAGCCCAGCUACAAAAGAUCUCGAAGCCGGGAGGAUCCAUCGUCAAUGUGUCCAGUACAUCGGGUCUACGAGGACUAGCUAAGAACGCGGCCUACGCCUCCAGCAAAUUCGGUGUCAUCGGCUUGACAGAGUCAGCCGCUGCAGAGUACGGGAAGCAGGGCAUCAGGAUCAAUGCGCUUCUGCCAGGUCCAAUUGAUACUAAGAUCUUCCGCGAUGGAGAAGCAAAAGGCCUUUUCAGUUCAGAGAUAAUAAGUGCUGGCACUUUGAUGGGCCGCAUGGGUCAAGCGGAAGAAGUGGCCAAGGUGUUGGUGUUUUUAUUGAGUGACGAUGCUUCGUUCGUGACGGGAGCACGCUGGACAGUGGAUGGAGGCUACUCUGCCUGUGGCUUCUAUAGGGCUGGAUGA